AUGGGCAACCAGUGCUAUAAGCACGACAAGGAGGAAGAGGAGGAGGUGAGAAGACGGUCAGUGAAGAAGAAGACGGUAAAGAAGCCCCUCGAUGAAGAGCAGCAAGCCACGCAGAUCCAGGCCUGGUGGCGGGGCACCCUGGUGCGCCGGACGCUGCUGCACGCCGCGCUCUGCGCCUCCAUCAUCCAGCGCUGGUGGAGGCAGGUGCUGCGGGAGCUGCCAUUGUUGAAGCAGAAGAGGCAGCUGGAGGCCUACACUCGGCAGAAGUGGGCGGCGGUCAGGCUGCAGUCCUGGUUCCGCAUGUGGCGCGUCCGCCUCCGUUACCUCCGCCUGCUGCAGGCCACCCGCAUCAUCCAGCUGUACUGGCGCUACCACAACUGCCCCACCACCGGCUUCUUCCAGGGCAGGUACGAACUCACAGCAAACCAGCUGGAACUUGAACUUGAGAUCUUUCUGGGGUCACAGAUUUGUCGGAUUACGGAAUGCAUCCCCUUCCCAAUAAAGCACUGA